CGCCGCCGAAGCUGCGGGCGGGCAGCCGUGCGCCCCCGGGGACGACCAGCCCGGGCGGCUGCUCCUCCCGGAUGCCAGGGCCAGGGCGCCGGGCGGCCGCCAGCAGAAGGAUGAAGAGCUCGGUGGGAGGAAGAAGAGAAAAGCUCCUGGGAGCGCCGAAAGCUCAGCCCAGCCACGAUUUCGCAUGUGCACAAGAUGGGGAGAGUGAGGCUGAAUUAAUACCUGACGACUUUGACGAAAAACCAGAAAGAGAAAAGAAGCAUACCAACUUCACUUUGUGCAGCGUGUGUAACAUUCAGCUGAAUUCGGCUGCUCAAGCACAAAUCCACUACAAUGGCAAAUCGCAUCAAAAGAGAUUAAAACAACUGAGCAAUGGGAUGCUGAAAAGUGACAACG